AGACGCUUGUACAUGGCUAUAUUUUAGUAUUAUUACUGUAGAAGCUGUAUCGACAUGUUCGAAAGGUACUCAACGAUCGUCCUAUUGAUUGGGUUGCUGCAAUGCGCACAUGCGUUGCGGGUGAACCUGACGAUGUUCACCAACUGUCGGGACCUUGACAUUGAGUACGGUGAGGCUGAUGUUGCCAUCACGAAGGUCUCGUACGAUCGAGAUGCGGAUGGCAUCUGCAAUACGAUCCACGUCGAGUAUCACGUGAAGAAACCCAGCGAUAAAGUUCAGGCAGAGCUAGUCAUUGGCACUUACAAGUGUCCCCCGGGAACGACCACCAUUUGUCUGGAUAAUGCCAGAGAACACGUGGAAGACAUGACCUGUGAACGGUUCCACACCGACGACAGUGGACCGUGGUAUAUGCUAUCGAGUGCGAUGUCUAAUGGCGAUCGCUGUGGACGAGUCGAGGGCUUCUACAACUUGGAUGCAGCCGUUCUGGACAUCAAAUACCUCCGUAGCUACCUCGAUGUUGGCAAAGGAUCCUAUCGGGUGCGAAUGUUGUUCCACGUGCCAGGAACGGACCUGACGCAGAAGAAUGUCCGAGGGUGUUGCGAGAUGGAUUUCGACGUAAUUGACUAAGGAGUUCACGGUUGAUUCUGUGCGCUCGUGUAACAUGAUUCGCCCUUAUUCCUUCGGUUUACUCUUCCAAAAUCAGUAUUGCAGUUACUUUACCACCGAAAUAGAUGGCACCACAAUUUAAGAAUAAGCGUAAAACAUGAAAAUGCUGUCGAAGAGUUUUUAUUACAUCCGAUUUUUUUUUGAAGUUAUUAUUCAGCUUUUGGUUCAAUUUUCGUCCCGGUUGGAAAUCUUGCGGCUAUUAAAGAAAUUUUCUAAACAUCAUUUUCGCAAAAAAAUUAAUGUUCGUUGAUGGUCUACUGCAAUAUCGGCGUCACGUAUUCACGUUCGGCGUCGCGUUCGGUUCGGUUUUUUAACUGCCCACUUAACUCACUUGAGGGUUUUUCAAACGAACGAUAUUAUUAAUCCUUUUCACCCUGGCGUUUGCG